AUGGAUAGCGAUGAGGAGCCGCACGAUCUUCCUUCUCAGCAACUCCGUGCAUCAUCUGAUUCCAGCACCCAGUUUUGCCCCUAUCCUGCACAUCUCCAGUUCAUAGGCUCUGGGAACACUGUUCCUCGUCCACCUAGGUUUUCAUCCGACCUCGGGACAUCUCCAGAAACACCAAUACAUGCGGCUAGACUCACAACUCCCUACCAACCUCUUGGAAACCUGCACCUCACGCCUGGAUCUGGUUCAUUCACGUAUGGCACUCUCGCAGUCGCAAGCCCCCUCUCUACAAUCCCAUACAACUCCGCAAGGCUGGUUCAGACCAUUCCGACAAUCACUGCGCCACCUCCUCGUAUAUCACCUUGGGAAGAUGCCGAAGAUCGAUUCGCCUCAGGCAUCUUCAAUGACAUUAGGGUUCCUGCCGACAUGUCGCUCCGCCACGCGCAUCUAUGGUACCGCCAUGUACAAGUUGAAGACAGGAUUCUAGUUGUAUUACGAGCGAUGCAGCGUGCGGGGUUUAAUAGCAUUGGUGCCUUUCUCAAGGUCUAUUUCGAAGAUGAGCCGCGCGUGCAUCAAACCGUCAUCCAGUCAGUCGGUGCCUUCCUGCAGCAGCAGAACCGAGACAUAUCCGAGCGCCCAAUAAAUAUCAUCCGCAUGAUUUACGACCACCGGCAGUCCCAGAUCCAUGUCAACAACCGUCCGCAACCGAUGGAUAUGUUUUUUCUUCCGAAAUACGCGGUGCCCCCUUCGCGGCAGCUGGAGGCACCGAUCACUUAUUCCGCCGACGACCUCCGACUCAUUUCCACUCGCAACCACAUGAAAGCAUGGGCCGUGAGCGAAGUACUGGCGAUGGUCGAUCACGAAGCGGACGAUCUGCUGGACCGGCGUCAUGGUCUCAUGCUCCCCCGUAAAGAGCAUCUCACUUGGCGACAUCUCCUUGACUUUGAUCUCAAGUCAGUUCAGGAGGUGAUUGCAUUCAAUGCACCGGUUCUAUACUCAACCCUUGCAACCAUGAGUAUUGGCCAAUCGGCGAGGAAGCGGCUGCAUCAGGUGGAUGGACGUGCAAAUGAGAAUUUGGCAAAUGUAGAUGUAAACGAAGACUCUGCUAGCACCCCGGCUCCGCAAUCCCAUUCUGCCGCUCAACGUGAUCGUGCAGAUCGUAGCCCAUGGCUGGCCGUCACAGUGUUGAUACUCGCUGGCCUCUUCUGUCGUAACCAACGCGCAAAUAUAUUUGCCACCAUCAUCGGGAUUGUACUGUUCUCGUGCAAUGCUCACCGUGAUAUCUAUAAGCUGCUUGGGCAAACUGGACUCUCCAUUGGCUAUAGCACGGUUCUUGCAAAGCUAGAGGAUCUUGCGGAUGACGCAAAGGCCAAGAUUUCGCAAUUGGGCGAUGCAGUCGAGGCAGGAAGUCAACAUUGCCUGAUGGUCUUCGAUAAUGUUAAUAAAGCACGGCAAGCAUGGCGUCAGGUCCUCGGAAACGAGAACAAAUUGCGGAGCGGGACUGCCGCUGUACUUGUGACCAUGGUAGAUGUCCCACAUGGAGCAUUGGACAUGGCACCCGUGCGCCAGGCAAUCGAAUCCCGAAAACACAGUGAUCUAUGCGUCAGCGAGCUCCUCUCCGAUAUUGAUUGGGAACAUGUGCGCAGCGUGGCAAUCGGAACUGUUCUACGCGUGUGGGCAAAGCAUAUACCAUCCCUGUCCAAAUUUAGACCCCAGAUCGAAGCACUCUUCUCUGGACCUCUUUGCGUACAUGCUCUCCCACUGCGGAAGACCAGCUAUCAGACUCUCCGGACCAUGGAUCUCAAUGAAGCGAAAACCACAGGCACAGCUGACGUCCUACGCAAUAUUAUGAACCAGCUUCGUAUCACAGCUGCAUGGUUAUGCAUGCAGCUUCUACUAGUCUGUGGCGAUCAGCUCAGUAUUGACCGUGUUCGCAAAGCAAAGAGAUACCUUGCAAAGACUGCAAACCCAGCCGUUGGGUUGCAAUGGGCGCUGCCUGUGAUACAGUUGUUCCAUAUGAAAUGGGCGCUCCUCAAAUGCAUAUUCAAGUUACACUGGUGGAGAGGUGAUAUAUCAAGCGGCACCUUCGGACUCCAACACGAUGCUUCCCUUCUUGGACGUGACAAGUUCAAUCCUGAUCGCUGUGACUUUUACGAUGGGCACCACAUUGUCGAAGAUAUAUUUGAGGCCUUAUGUCUCGAUGUUCUUCGUAUACUGUGCAGUGAGACGAGGUCCGGGUGUCGUCAAUAUCCACCUACAAUGCACAUUAUUCCGCUACUCAACUCAUACUUUGCCAAGGACGGAGUGCUGGAGAAGAUCACAUUCGAUGAGCUUUCACAGCUUGCUAAGAAGACAUACGAGCGCUACUUGACCACUGCUGCAUAUGAAGAUGCCAUCGGUCUCACUGAGCGCAGUAAUUCCAUGGGCGAUGAUGAGGUUGUAGACAUAGAAAUACCCGUGGUGGAGCCCCCAAAUACCCGAGUCGAACACACUGGUCGGAUCUCUACUGGCCGGCGUACACGCCGUGGAGCCCAACCCACAAUUCCAGGCAAUGAUGCACAGUUUCGAGGUGAUCGAUGUCUUGCAAAUACAGUCCUGUUUAUGAGGCUAUCAUUCUGGUACCUCGAGAUCAGUUCUGGAAUUGCGGAAGGAGACAUUGGACGGGUUCUUGAGAUCCUGAAGAUCCUGCGGUUCUCAUUCUGGGGUGCUGGUGCAACCAAUUACGGCAAUGAGCUACUGGAGCUGGCAUGCAAUUUCCUCCGUGAAUAUCCACCCGACCUUAUCACUACUCUAAAGAAUAACUGGCUCGUCAAUACUGCGGGACUUCCUGGGCACUGGCAUGAACUCGAUCUUCUCAUGGAACAUUUGGUAUACCUCAUCAAGCGGCUCUACAAUUCCAAGAAUCAUGGCUUUGAUUCGAAGUUCCUUGCUGAGAAGAUUAGUUUGAAUAUUGCCGGCUUUCGUCAAGUUCGAAGCAAUAUACGAUCAUGGUUUGGCCUGAAGAAGAACAGCGGUCGACAUGCCGCGGUCUCGGCAGAAGAUGACAUCAACAAACUUGGUGCUCACUAUCGCAAGGAGUCGGUUCUCACCUUCCAAGCCGGAAGGGAACAGGCUUAUUCUGUUCCCGACGAAUUUGCAGCAGGUAUCGAGAAGCUCCUGGGUGGCGGGCUAGAUACCUUCCUUCAACGUACAAUGCUCGAUAUAGAGGUGUCUGGCGAAGACAACAAGGACUCAGAGGUCGAUGAAUUGGAGCUCGAGGAACAGAGCUACACUGCAGAAGGUCUGUAUGAACCUCCAAGUGUACUCUCUGUGCAUGAAGGGAAGAUGUUCCUUGAGCCCUUUGUAGGCGCUGCAUGCGGCUCAGCUGAUUGA